ACGGCUCCACAGUACAUGUGCCAACAGAACCCUGCAAUCAUGAGGCCUAACGAGCGCAGACAAGCCCAGUCACCGGCUGAUGGAUUGGCGCUGAGCGGUCCGGGGAACGGGGAGCUUCAACCUGCACAAUGCACACCCGUCUCCGGGGAGAAGGGCAGGACUCACGGCGUGAUAGACGUCUCAAUCAUUCCAGAGUCUCCGCCACCUUCUUCCUACCGUACCUACAUCCGCCGAGAGAUUCCGCCGAGAUGCAUCAGCUCUGUUGUGUUUUUGGACCGACUAUUUUUGUUGUCCCUGGUGGGAGGAAGGGAUGAGCAGCACAGGUCGACCUUGUUUGUCCGACUUUGCGCAUCCUCCACCAAGCCAUCCUCAUUAAACCAAGCAAGACAAACUUCCUGGAAACCCAAAGCGGCCGUAUUGGAUAUCACCCAACGCGGAGACCUUCCCUCAAAGCUAUCAGGGCCAAGGGUUCCGCAAACAACGUGGGCUGGUGCUGUACACAGAGGGGCCGCGACUGUGAAAUUAUUGGCAUUUCGGAGGCCGAGCCCCAUGUAUAAUCAUGGUCUGAAUGCAGAUGAGGCAUCUUUCAGUCCUGACCCAGCAACCGCGGGUCAGGAUCGGACGGAGGAACCCCAAGAAUGCCCGACACGCCUGACGCCGAACCCUGCGGAAGACGUACUCCAGUCCCUCAGUCUCAAAGAGGCCCUGGAGCUCUUCCGGCCAGACUUCAUCAGUCGAUCCCGGGGUCGGGUGAGGAGGAUGGAGCGCAGGGCGAGGAGGAGGAGGAGGAGGAGAGCCCUGCAGGGGUCCAAGCAGGACCUGCUGCAAGGUCUGCAGGCAGGCAGGGGGAACUGCACCACGCCGGAUCCACUCUGCGAUAACCUUUUCAAGCCGAGGGAGAGAUCUAUAUCGGGCAGGGAGAUGCAGCGACGCUCCAGACGGAAGUACGACACGCUGCCGGAGGUGGAGAAGAAAAAGCGGGAGGAGGAAAAGAGAGCGCUGUCACGGGCCAAUAGACUGAGAGCUGACGUCUUCACGAAGAGAAUUCUGGAGCAGAUCCUGCAAAAAUGAAGCAGAUCUAAUCAGAGGGCCACAUCGCAGUUAUGUUUGGCCCCAAAGGGCCGAUUCUAACAGUGAAU